GUUAUUUGUUUGUUAUAGUCAACUAUGUGUACUCCAGGUCCGAUGCAGCAGUAUCCGGUACUGUUGCGCCUGGUAAGUUAUUGGCUGUAAUGGGUCCUAGUGGUGCUGGCAAAACGACCCUGCUCAAUGCACUCACCGGUAGAAAUAUGGGCAAAAUGUCGGUCACCGGAGAUGUGCUAAUAAACGGCCGGCCGGUAAACGGGCGGACUCUGGCCUCCAUCUCGUCGUAUAUCCAACAAAACGAUUUGUUUCAUCCAUUGCUUACCGUUAGAGAG